AUGGAGACACAACAAGCUAAUCUAAGAAUUCUAAUCUUCCCAUGGUUGGCUCAUGGUCAUUUAUUCCCCUAUCUUGAGCUAGCAAAGAAACUAUCCCAGAAAAACUUCAACAUAUAUUUCUGUUCUACAGCUAUCAAUCUUGGUUCAAUCAGUAAAUCCAUUGAAAAGAACUUCUGUGAUUUCUCAAUACAACUAGUAGAACUCCACUUACCCUCAUGGCCUGAACUUCCUCCCCAUUACCAGACAACCAAAAACGUACCUCCUGAUCUUAUGCCGAAGCUCUAUCAGGCUUUUCAAUUGUCAAGCUCCAGCUUCGCAGAGAUCAUCAAAAACAUAAAGCCCGAUUUGGUAAUUUAUGAUUUCUUCCAACCAUGGGCUGCCACACUUGCUUCAUCAGUAGGUAUUCCAGCAGUUUAUUUUUCCACUUCAGGAGCAGCAGCGUAUUCUUUUUACCAUCACCACUUUACAUAUGUGAAUGCUAUUUUCCCUCACAAGGAAAUCUAUCUCCGUGAUUUUGAAAGACCGAAUCUGGAGGCUGUACUCAAAAGUAAAGACGCGGGUGAAGAUUUUGCUUUUGGUAACUUCAAACGAUCUUGUGAAAUUGUUUUGAUGAAGAGCUGCCAGGGAAUUGAGGGGAAGUAUCUUGAAUCAUUAUCCGUCUUGUGCCAGAAAAAGAUGUUACCUGUCGGACCACUUGUUACACAUACUGACAAUGAAGAAGAGUAUUCAGAUAUCAUGCAGUGGCUAAGCAAGAAAAAUCAGUUCUCAACUUUGUUUAUCUCCUUUGGUAGUGAAAACUACUUGUCCACAGAGCAGAUUGAAGAGAUGGCACGGAGCUUGGAGCUUUGUGAUGUUAACUUUUUAUGGGUAAUUAGAUUUCCUGCUGGGGAGACAACUGGUAUACAAAAGGCACUACCAGAGGGGUUUCUUGAGAGGGUGCAAGAGAGGGGUAAGAUUGCCCAAGGAUGGGCACCACAAGCUAAAAUUUUGGCGCAUUCAAGUAUUGGUGGUUUCUUGACUCAUUGUGGAUGGAGUUCUAUAAUGGAAAGCAUUUAUUUUGGUGUUCCUGUUAUAGCCAUGCCUUUGAAAUAUGAUCAGCCUAUAAAUGCUAGGCUGGUGGUGGAGGCUGGCGUUGGGGUGGACGUAGCAAGAGACGAGAAUGGACAUUUUAAGAAUGAAGAUGUAGCGAGCGCCAUACAUAAAGUUCUCGUAGAUAAGAGUGGAGAAGACAUGAGGUCAAAGGCUAAGCAAUUAAGCAAUAAAAUGAAAGAUGAAGAAGAAGUAGCCAUAAAUGAAACAGCAAAGCAGCUAUUGCAGCUAUGUAUCAAGUAUAAGCAGCAGCAGUGA